UUGAUGUUGCUGACAGAGACAUCCUUCUUGUGCAGACUGAAGUUUAAUCGCCAUGGCCAAGGUGUUUAAUGAUCCCAUCCAUGGCCACAUUGAGUUACACCCACUUCUUGUCAAGAUCAUAGACACACCUCAGUUUCAGAGACUACGAAAAAUCAAGCAACUUGGAGGGGGUUAUUAUGUUUUUCCAGGAGCGUCACACAACCGCUUUGAGCACUCAGUUGGAGUCGGGCAUUUGGCAGGAGAGCUUGUAAAAGCUUUGAGGGCAAAACAGUUGGAGGAGUUGGAGCAGGAGCCGUCAAUGGACUCCCUCAUCAAUGACCGAGAUGUCCUUUGUGUGCAGAUUGCAGGCCUUUGCCAUGACCUAGGUCACGGGCCCUUUUCUCAUGUCUUUGAUGGAAUGUUCAACCCUCAAGCAGACCCAAGUGGUGAAAAAUGGGAGCAUGAGGAUGCCUCUAUAUUUAUGUUUGAUCACCUAGUGGAUGACAAUAACCUGAAGCCAGUGAUGAAUAAGUGCGGACUGAUAACAGAAGGUGACAAUGAGAAUGACCUGGUGUUUAUCAAGGAGAUGAUUAAAGGAUCUCUGAAGAACAGUUCACCUCAGAACGAGCAGCUGUAUAGAGGUCGAAACAAUGAAAAAUCCUUUCUCUAUGAAAUUGUGGCAAACAAACAAAAUGGAAUUGAUGUGGACAAGUUUGACUACUUUGCAAGAGAUUGCCACCACCUGGGCAUCCAGAACAACUUUGACCAUCGACGCUUUAUUGUAUUUGCCAGAGUGUGUAAUGUGGACGGGCAGUUGCACAUUUGUUCUAGAGACAAGGAAAUGGCAAAUCUGUAUGACAUGUUCCACACAAGAAACUCUCUCCACAGAAGAGCCUACCAGCACAGGGUAAAAAUGGCAGUAGAGAUUAUGAUUAAAGACGCUCUCUUAAAAGCAGAUCAGGAUCCACACUUCCAAAUUAAAUCCUCAGAAGGGAAGACGUGCUCUCUCUCCGCAGCUAAAAAGCACAAGGAGGCAUACACCAAGCUGACAGAUGAAGUGAUUGAACAAAUACUCCACCAUGAUGCUUGUGCUUGUUCAAAUGAAUCCACCUCUUCCUCUCUGGAGGAGGCAGCACAGAUUAUACAGAGGAUAAUGUGUCGAGAUUUGUACCAGCUUGUGGGUGAAAUAAAGCUCAAGAAAAAAGACCAAGAGAAAGCAGAGGACGUGACUAAACGUUUAAAAACAGAACUGACUAAAGUCAUUCCUAAGGAUGGAAAACAGGAUGAAAACGACAACUUUGAAGUUAAAGUUGCCAAAUUUGACUAUGGAAAGAAAAAUGAAGACCCGAUCAGUAACUAUACAUAUUUCUACAGCAAGUUUAACCCUACCAUUGGAUUCAAGAUCAAGCCAGAAGAGGUAUCCAGUCUUCUCCCAGAAUGCUUUUCUGAGAAGCAUAUUAGAGUUUACUGGAAGAGACGUAAUGAUAAGCAUCUGGAAGAUGCAAAGAAGUGCUUCGAGGCUGUGAAAAAGGAGGUGGAGGAGAAUUAGAGUGACGUCAAAAAAGCAACACCAGGAGAUGCCCAGUGAAUAUGAAGAUGUUAAACAUUCAGACACUAAGUUUUGGCAAUACUGCAGAGAUUCUGAAACAGGAAUUUAAAUCAUAAAACUUAAGUACUUUGUCUAUUUUACAAUAUCUUGUUUUUGCUUUUUGUUUUUUUAUUUUACCUAAGUGGUUUAGUUUGGAAACUAAAUAUAACCAAUAUAUUUACAUACUGAAUGAUUUCUAAAUCUUCCACAUCUCUAGCUGACAUGGUUUUGUGGUUAGCAAGGCUUUUUUCACUUUCUGCAAUAUGUAUCAAUGUGAAGUAAGAACCUAAAAUCUAAAACAAGUCAUGUAUUGAAUAAACUAUAUAUAACGCAAUUUUCACUGUUAUAUUAUACCAUAUAGCUCAGCUCAAUAUAUGGUUAAGACAAGCACUGGGUACUCUUGUGAGUUUUGACUGUGUGAAAAUUUAUUCUUUAUUAUGUAAUGGGUCUCUAAAUGAAAACCUACCAAAAGUUAAUUAAAACUUUUAGCUGUUUUACUGUUUAGAUGUGUUUGUUGAUUUCUGGCCUAUUCAAAAUAAAGCUCCUUUUCUCUU